GGCCGGUAUUCAACAACUUCAACAAUUCUCCAGGCAAAAUCGUACAAUCACACCUAAAACUUUCAAUCUAUUUCUCUCACUCCAUCAACUCAACUAAAUAUGCCUCGUCAAGGAAGAUCAGGAAGGGGAAGCGCCCCAUCUCGACCAACUGUCUCGGCCCCAAGCAGACCUUCACCUUCCGCCCAGCAAACCCGGCCAGCAACCACUGCUGCAUACCCACCAAGGCCAGCAGGUGCAGCUCCCCCAGCCGCUCCUCAAGCACAAGCAGGCGCUCCACAAGCUCAAGGUUCUUCUGGUCCAGGUUUGCUUGGACAAGUAGCUAGCACUGCAGCAGGUGUCGCCAUCGGAUCUUCAUUAGGUCAUGCCAUUACAGGUUUCUUCGGCGGUGGAUCUAGCGCACCCGAAGCAGCUCAGGACAAUGCCGUCGCAUCCCAAGGUCAAGAGAAGAACCAAUUUGGCGAACCAAACUGUGGCUUCCAGGUCAAGAGCUUUACCAACUGCAUGGACGAGAACCAAGGAAACAUGUCCAUCUGCAACUGGUACUUGGAGCAAUUGAAAGCGUGCCAGAACACAGCAAGUCAAUAUUAAGGACCCAAACUUGACGAUUAUGACGCAUGGGGAUGGAUGUAUAAUAGAAAAAUUAGCUACAACUCAAAAUAAUGAACCCACUCUACCCUGAUGAUUUGUCGACCUUUAUAUGAAAGGCAGAGAUUAGUCUUGGGUAGCUCCUCGAGAGCGAGAUGUGUUGCUAAUAGCUUUGUUGUUUGUAUCAUUCGAAGGCCUCCAAAUGGCAGAUUUGACCAUCGUAUCAGUAUUUUUGCAAUAUGACUUUAACUGAUUCCAUUUCCAACCCAAUUUGUAUGUGGCAAAAUCUCGUCAUAUUUACACGAAGAAAUAUUUUCAGCCUUGCAUGCCCGAGGUCGGCA